GUGAGGGGAAACACCGCACUGUGUGCUGACGGUUAGUUGACAGAAAGGCUGGAGAUAGCGCUAAGACAGAGUCCGGGUGAUUACCCGUUACACAACACCUGUGACUUUAGCAGGUGACACAAGAGCCAAGAUUUUUAUCAGAAUGAAGUCACAGUGCUUUCACAGGGACUGGAUAUUUCAGUGGAUGGCAGGCCAGGUAUUUCUGGUGUGGAGUUUUAACAGCCACUUGUAAACAGUGACGGGUAACUGUGAAAAUAGCAUCAGUCUGAGUGAGGAGGAAUAUGAUAUGAUGACCACAAAGAUGUGCAGCGACAGCUCUUUGUUCUCCAAAAAUACAGGAAUUUGUAUAAAGUGCUGUCAGCCUUUGUCACUACAGCAGCUGUUGAGAGAGACGACAAGCACGGCAGUCUAUCCCAGGUGAGAGAGCAACACACAAGUGGACAUUUUACCUGAUACCAGACGUAGGUGAAGUUGAUGAGGUUACCCCAUGGGCUAUAAGAGAGUUGCCUGAAUCACUCUGAAUAGUUACUUUGGCAAUAUUCGAACACUUAUUGCAGUUUACCAAGUUACUGUGAAGACAGCCGAGAUACUGAAAGCUUCAACCUGGACUACUGUGAAGAAUUACCUUUGGACUACACAGGUUUACUCGAGCCACACCUGAACAUUUCGGAGAUUUACCUGAGCUAUUAACGAAGUUGACCAGCAUUAGCCUGACAGGUGGGAGAGGUUAAGCGUGAAUUUAUCUGUAGUAUGUAUGCACCUUUGCUAUGAACGAGACAAUGUUAUUCUACAUUGGUGUGCUGGUGCCCGCCAUCAUCACGGUGAUUUUAUUCAUCGUGUUUCUCUGGUGUCUCUACAGGAUGAGAGUCAGGAGAAAAAUCAUGACCAAACGUUAUGCUCCUCAUGCUAAGGGUUGGCCUGGCCGUAAAGAUAUGUCUCCACCACCCCCACCCCCACCCAGUAACCCACCACCCCAGCGUUCCCAGCUCUGGGAGAUGAAGGUCAUACCUUCCUAUGAUAUGGACAAUAUACAGACAUUAGAAAAUGGCAGUCCUCGUGUGACAUUUGAAACACGGUUUGACAAGACCACAGAACUGGAUGAUGUUGGUGAUUUGGCCUCUAGACGACAGGACAGCGGUAUAUCAGAGUUAUCAGACAGUUAUCACACAAAAAGAGGCAAGAGGCCAUACUCUCAGGCCUCCACAGACUCGGAUGAUUCAGGGUUCAGAAGUUCCCGAUCUGCUCAUUAUUUACAAAAAUAUGACCACCAGUUGUCCGCUUUUCAGGAUGUACCAUUACUGAGGUCGAUAAGUCACAGUAAACGUGAGGAUGUAGACCGGAGUCCUAUAUCCUUCUCAGAAAAUGUCCAGAUCACAGACUAUUUAGCUCCCACUAACUUAUUAUUUCACCCCUACUACGGUGAUGUGUCGGGCAUGCCUAAAACAGACAUUGGGAAUAAUAUGUACACAGGCAAUGCCUCACCCCCGAGUCAAAGCACGUCCACUGCAGACUAUAAGCCCAUGGUGAGUGCGGGGUUCCUACAUUUGGGUGGCCCGAGUGUGACCACCACAGCCGUGGUUCACUCUCUCAGUGAUGACAAUGACCAGAAAGUCUACUCUGUUGUCUGACAACAAAGUUGACCAGUGAGUGAUGUGAUGUGAUUGUGUUCGUGUCUAGAAACUUUCAUACCAAGUUUGUAAAGUAUUUAAUCCAGCAUGAAUCCUUGAUCAUGUUUCCCAGGAUAUAUCCCAUUGUGACUUAUAGGGACAGAAGUUUACAUCUGCGUGAAUGUAUGACUGAAUGAGUGGUUGUGAGAUUUUCCUGGACUGCGGCCUUGUCAUAGGCAGCCAUUCUCAGUGCUAUGGAACUACAGUGUUUUACCCUGAAAACUCCUAAAUCCAGAGACAGAGCAGAGAGAUGUAAUAGUGAUUCCACUGUUGAUGUUGGGAUUUAGGGGAAAUCCACUUCGGGUCAGCCACAGCCAACGACAGGCCUUUCACUUCUCAUCCCUGCUGACUCGGCAGAUUUAUCAUGUGUUUUAUUUCAUAUUUGUGGUAUAUGAUACAGGAAGCUUCUCGUGACUGAUCUGAGGCCAAGUGCCACAACAUUUCCCUGUGUGCGUGUGUGAACCUUUCUGUCUGUGAUCCUGUUGUGUAUCUAUCAGUGAGUGCCACUCAAAACAGACUUGCGCUUAAUACAGCAUACCCAACUUUAAUUUAUAUGUGUUUCUGCGCAAACAUGACGAUAUAGAUCCAGGGGUAUUCAUAAGUACAAUGUGCUAUGUGUAAGUUGUGGUUAGAGACUUUAAUAUACAUCCAAGUCUUUACUAUCAAGUCUUUCUAGUUUAUACGAACUUACCUGUAACUUUUGUCAUUUUGACUUACUUGAAGAAAGAAUAUGUAAGAGCAUAUAUUAUUCCUUGCUGCAUGUUUCAUUCCAUGUCUCAAAACGUAUUUGUACAUAAAAGCAACUUGUGAAAUAUUUGUAAUUUUGAAUCUGCACAUAGCAAGACCACAGGUCUUUAAAAUAUUAAAGCUGUGAGAA